CCUGUGAGUCUUUGCGGUCAGUGCACCAGUUCCCCGACGGUUCUGGAUACAGUGUGUGUGUGUGUGUGUGUGUGUGUGUGUGUUUGUGUGUGUUUUGCCCAGUCUCCUUUCUCCGUUAAUGAAGUCUGACUGGUUUUGGACAGAAGCACUUAAGGUCAGAAUGUGAUUGGUUUGGUCUCGCGCUCUGCAGCUCUCGCACGCGCGAGAACGCUCGCGGGUGUUCCCAGCUGCAACUCUGUCAGUGUUAUGAGUGAAGAGUGCACUGCUCUGAAGCCCUUCUUCCUCCUCCCAGACAUGGUUUAUAUGACCGCUAGGAGCACAGAGAGCCAAUAACCAGUAAGUUGAGUAGAGAGGAAGAGCAGGCAAAGUUGGCGUCGGGCUGAAAAUAUCGCUUCAUGAUGGGAAACAGCGGCGUUUUAGCGGCUAGAAGACAUGCAGCUGUGUGUGUUAUACUGGCGACUCUCUCUGCAGCAGCGAUGGCUUGUAACAGCUACUAUGAGAAUGCUAUCAAGGACUUAUGCCUGGCCAAGUUCAAGGAGGACAUGGAAGCUCUGGACCAGGGCCACUGGUGCAGCUGGGAGGACACAGUAGAGUCCUAUGGAGAGCUGACAAACUGCACCUUCGUGGUGGCUUUGAAGAUGAACUGUUUCUGGCCCAACAGGCUAGUGGACGAGUUCUUCAUUAGUGUUCACCGGCACUACUUCCACAACUGCUCGCCCACAGGCCGACUGCCUCACGACCCACCCAGCAGGAUUUUAGGGCCUUUCAUCGUAGUACCCAUUGUGGUCACUCUGCUCAUGACUGCCUUGGUGGUGUGGAGGAGUAAACGCAGUGAAGGCAUUGUGUAACACAGAUCAGCCUAUUCCAGUGACCUUCUAAAGCACCGUGGCUCAUAUUACCAAACCCAGAGACCAUGCACUAUGCUGCUGAAACAGAGAGAUGUUUAACUAUUGACUCGUAUCUCAUCAAAUAGCUGAAGAACGGAGCAGCAUGCUGCCUAAACACACAUACACACACACACACACACACACACACAUAUAAAUGACCUGAAAAAACUGUACUAGAGACUAUCUUUAAAAUAUAAAUUCUACAGGUAAAACUUCAUUUCAUAGAAUUCUAUCAUAUAUCUACAAUGUCCUGGAUGGUAAUUUGAAGCAGUGCAUUUUCAUUACAAUACCUCAAUGAUGAGACAGCUGAAGUGCAAGUGGAACUGACACUGGCUGAAUAAAUCUAAUUUAUGAACAGAGAAACCACAGAAGUAGAUCACGGUUAUUAUCAUUAUCUGUGAACGCUGGACUCCAUAGCUCUCUUUCCUCUCACCUUCAUACAUUCUCAUGCUGUGCAGUGUGUCAGAUCCUUAUAAUAUUUAGUAUAGUUGAUAUGCUGAUUGGGUUUAUUUUCAAAAUGGAACAAACCAUGUGACUAUUAUCAUACUGUGUAAAGGCAAUGCCAUUUUAAUUUUAUUGACAAAUAAACAUUUAAGGUGAAGUAAAAUUUGAA